AGCUUUCCCCGCGCAAGAUGUUUAUACAACCCCCGUGUAUUUCUCAUCGGACUGGCUGAAUGAAUACUGGGACGCUCUAGCUGUGGAUGAUUACCGGUUUGUCUACAUGGGACCUAAAGGUUCAUGGACUCCGUUCCACGCUGACGUCUUCCGUUCCUAUAGCUGGUCAGCAAAUAUUUGUGGGAGAAAGAAAUGGCUGUUGUACCCUGCGGGACAGGAGGAGUUUCUGAAGGACCGCCACGGCAACCUGCCCUUCGAUGUGACCGCCCCUACUCUUCAGGACAGGAGCGUUUACCCUCGCUACAACCAAAGCCAACCCCCCGUUGAAAUUGUACAGGAGGCGGGGGAGAUAGUUUUCAUCCCCAGCGGGUGGCAUCAUCAAGUUUACAAUCUGGAGGACACCAUUUCCAUCAACCACAACUGGGUGAACGGCUGCAACGUGGCCAUCAUGUGGUGCUUCCUGCAGGACGAAUUAGCAGCUGUUCAGCGGGAAAUCAAUGAGUGGAAGGACCCAGUGGAUGAUUGGCACCUACAAUGUCAGCUGAUCAUGAAGUCUUGCACAGGUAUAGACUACAAGGAGUUCUACAACUUCCUCAAAAUUAUUGCAGAGAACAGGAUUUCUGUCUUGGAAAACGGCCUCGAUGACGAAGCUUCGGCAAAGAACACUCCCAAAGCUGCCAUUUCCACCUUGGGCAUGCUCCACGCGGUGUUUGAUUUAAAGAGGACUGUGAAGGUGUUAACAUCAUUGAGUGCUAAUGAAGAUUUCAAGAAACUAGACCUGACGUCACUCUCUCCACCUCCGGAGGCGUUGCUCCACCACUUGAAAGCAGCAAUAGAUACGGCGCUACUCUAACUUCCUAUUUAGUCAGUUCUUUGUAAAAUGAGCCUUUUGCAAAGUGGGUGUUUGUAAGAAGCCCGACUCCUCCCUGUUUAAUAGCUGUUGCAGUU